CCGCUUUGCUCUUUCGCUAACGACUAUUUAGUCCAUUCGCUCCCUCGUCCGCUCUCUUCCACUCCCUUCCUCUCUUGCGCGCUCCCCCUCCACUCCCUUGCUGCUCCCUGCUGCUCCCUUCUGCUCCCUCACGGCUCUGGCCCGCUCCUGCCAUGCUCCCUCACGUGCCGGCGAGGAUCCCGUUUGGGCUCCAGUCCUACAGGCGCCAACGUUGCGCACAUCCAGCCUCGUGGUAACUUUACCCGAUCACGGUGAUGAGGGCCCGUUUCUGCCCUGAUGAAAGGUGGGAUCCCUGAGAGGGUCUCUGAGAGGAUGCCCUGCUACAUCGCUGGACGGGGUUAACGGAAUCCCCCAGUUCUGUAGGACAAUGCUUCUCUUCCUCUCUUCCUCUCCCUCUCCCUCUCUCGGUCCUUACAUUUUCCCCUGCCCUCCCUCUUCUCAUCGUGCGAAUCACUCCUUCUAUCCGGUCUUCUGACUACCUAAACGCACCUUGCUGGCGUUUCGUCGUACUUUGACCCUCCCUCCCCAGUCGUCUUCUUUUCCUUUCCUCUCGGCGCUCGUCUAUCCUUAGUCUUCUGCUAUAUUCCGGCGCUCAAGGCUCCGCUUGCUGUUUCCCGAUGCCGAAGAGAAAGAAAACCGCGGCGGAAGUGUUUGAUGAAGCGGAGGAGAACGGCUGGCAGCUGAUUGCGAACGCCGAUGUGAAUGGCGAUCGGGUCAGUAAACCUAUCGAACCGGGGACUCAGCUGAACUACGACCGAAUGACCGACCUUUGGGACGAGUAAGUCCUUCGCCCGCCCAGGUACGGGUCGUGCUCGCCUUUACUAACGAGGUGGACGCUGGCGCGUAGGUAUGCAAGGCGAAAUCCUGGCGUGAGCCCUUACGAUUUACGGUCCGCGAAGCAUUUUAUGGAAGGUAUUGUCAAGGAUGGUGAGUGUCUGAGCUACGCGAAGCAAAAGUGGACCGCCUUUGGCGCCGCUUGGAAGCGACGACCGGAUAACCGAAAGAUCCCCCACGAGGUAUCGGAGUCGGUGUACUACGUUCGUUUCCUAUCUCUUUCACCCUACUUCGCUUUCGUCGGCCACGCUGAGAGUUCGUAUUAGUACAUCGAAACGGAGUUGAAGAAAAAGCGCAACCUCUCAACCGAACGACGGCAGCCACAUUUCAUGACGGUGCCCCAUUUUAUCAUCCUGACCAAACAUAACUGGCAAAAGGAUUGGCACCAGUAUACCCAUCCGAGAAGCCUGGUUCAGAACCACGCGGCCAACAACCUCUUUAUUUACACGCCGUCUAGGGUAGGAGAAAUCUUCGAAUCCAACAUGCGCCGCGGCUCCGGGCGAGGGUUACUAUAUAAGGUAAGAACACCGUGCCAUCCGACCGGGGACUGGCCCGCGCUGAACACUCGGACGCAGGAUGUCGUCUUCGUCGUCUUCAAGAAUGAGAAGGGAGAGGCAGAACUCGCCUUCCGGGCCACGCGCGAUGCCAAAGGCUUCACCAAUAAGCCACAUAAAAGGUCGGUCGACCGAAAACUUCUCCUUCUCGGCUUGAACGGAAAGGGGUAUCCUUCUGACAUUGAGCUUCCACCAGGCCACAGCAUGGAGUGUACGAGGAUAUGCAGCCGCUGUACGCGAACCCGGUCCUGCCUCUUCUGGCCAUCGCCCUCGCCGAUGGCGCCUUCCAAGAUUACCUCACCUUCGAGGAAAUCGAGGCGAUCCCGCCCCCGGUCGAUGGGUCCUUACACCAUCUUCGCAUUCGGAAAGAGCUGCACCGCAUGCCCUUUUUCCAGACCAUGUCCCCCGAGGGCCCGACGGGAAAGAUCCAAACUGCAGCGUCCUUCAGUAGUGGCCUGGUGGGCUUGGGCCAUCGGGCCGGGUAUGAAGAAAAUAUCCGGGUUCACGAUUUUAGGAGGGAGGUCCUGGUCAGAGCCGACGACAACGGCUACUCGAUCGCCGAAAGGAUGAAGUUUGCAGGCCACGAAAAUUCUGACACCUUCUUCGGCUCGUACAUGCCUCAAAUCAGCACCGUCGACGGGCAAUCCAGCUACUGGGGAAAGGCGCGCCGCACCGUCUACCUCGAGGGCUUCCGCGGCCUCUCGCUGCAACACCACCCGCAAAUGCUGCAAUCGCUGCCGGCGAAAGUAGAGGCGAAUCUGAAAGGGCGCGCCGACUUUAUCGCGCUCAACGAGGAGAUCGAGUCCCUCGGAGAACGAAUCCGCCGCCUUCCAGCCGGGCACGACGGUCAAAGAGAACGGACCCGCCGGGAGGAACUGUACUGGCAGAAACGCCAGAUGGUGUCGGAAGAACUCAGCAGGUGGCAGGAGAUCCAACCCCGGAAGGUCAACCAGGACACCGAAGCCGAGACCUCGCCUGUCGCAUCGCUACCCAGCUUCUUCAGCCGUGUCCGGCGGCUGGAUCCGCCCCGUGACCGUCUGGCCUCCUCGCUUUUUCUCGACGUUCCUCUCCGGAGCCCCGAGGGGCGGGCCUCCCUCCAGGACAUGAUCACCCUGUGUCGAGAGAACCCCAAGGUGGCUUACCGCCCGAGUCUGCGUCCAGAAAACGGCCUUUGCCCCGUAUCGGCGUGUGCAGUAGAGAUGGGAAGCCUCCGUCUCGCAGCCCGAUGGGAUCAUAUUUACCGAUGCCACAAAGCCAGUCUCGCGGCCAAACACGGCACGGCCGAGCUGUGCUUCGAAUGUGACGAGUGGAUCACUGGCAAGCAGGGCUGGCGCGGGCAUUGCCGGCACCACCUGAACGAUCUCGAGUCACUCCCCGUCCAGUGGAAUCCCCUGACCUUCCGCCAGACCUUGGCCGCGGUUGGCUAUUGCGGCUUCUGCUUGUUCGACCCGCUCCUCCCUCCCGAAGUGCGGUUCCGUCAGUACACUAAAAAGCCGCCCUGGCAGCAGCACCUGGACAGCCAUUUUGAAGGGCUCGAGGGGAAAGACGGGCUCGGGGAGGAGGACGGGCUCGCUCUUGCGUCGGACGGGUCGAAUGAGAUCAAGAUGAUGUCGUGUCCUGACCCGCGAUGCGGUCUCUCCUUCAACGCUAUCGUGGAUCUCCAAUAUCACGCCCAGGACACCCACUGCUACAAGCGGACCAAGGUCAGCGCAAGCAAGCGACAUUGCCAUAUAAGUCGAUCGCAUUUGAGACACGAAGAUAGCUCCAUCGCCUUCACUGCCAUCCCAAAGACAGACUGCUACGACACUCUGCCCUCCUCGGUCGACUGGUGGCCGAGGGAGGCAGCGGCUCCCGUCGACCUCCCGCGACCCAGCGGCAGCCCACACUUAGACAUGUCGAUUGACCCACGCCUUUCCGAUCUGGGGCUGACGAAUUUCGCCUCGGCGAUGGGCCUGGGGGGAUCCUGCCUAUCCCCCAAACGCACGCAGAGUUCGAGCGGGACCAGCCCGUCGAAAGCGGAGCGUCGUGGGCCAGACGCGGUGGAGGCGGCGUGGCCUGUUGAGCAGGAGAUCCUGCCGAGCUGGCCGGCCACAGAUGCGACGGUCCCCAAACCCCCGUCGGCGGGUUCCCGGCAAAGGACUCAUACCACGGUCAGCCACAUGGCGGACGUUGCCAUGAUGCAAACACCCCUAGAGACUGGCUCCGCAAUAGGCCAGUGGCUAGACCGCAGGGCCAGAAAUCUUCCGCCCAUCGGAGCAAGCAGAGAAGACGACCGGACAGCAGGGGAUGCUCUGGCGUUCACUGGCGAUGACGAUAAAUCUGCCGACCUUGAUUCUGAUUUAUUCCCAUCCCGUUGCACAAAACCCCAUGACACGAUCGGCUCCCUCGAGCCGAGAGACGUCGAUGUCGACGCCAUUUUUAAUCAGUAUUUAUGCUCGCCUUCAGCCUCACCGCCGCCCACUUCUUCACCGGACGACAUGACCAGCGAAUUGAGCGGAGCAACGUUGUGCGAUGCAGGACGUGAUCCGUCCUGUGGUUACUCGGAGUUAUAUACCAAGACAUCGAAGAGCCCGGCUCCGGAAAUGUCGCCAGAGAGUGAGAUAGCUCGAGAUCGUGACGGCCCUUGCCACGCGGCGAAUCGGACCUGCAUCCAUCUGCGAGUCGGCCAGCCUAAAAUUACGCUUCGCCUUCGACUCCCGGGCAGAUUUGCGCCAACCCAGAAAGAAGAAGGGUAAGGGACGAUCAGGGAAAGGGGGGGCAAUGCAGGAACUGGGAGAGAAGGGGAGAAAGGGAAGGGGAGGCAGACGCGUCAGAUCUGCCGGUAAGAGUGAUGUCCAUGGCGAGUAAGACCAUCCGCUGUCGGUGUGGUAUGGGACCAAACUAGAACGCUGAUCAUGUCAUGAAUGGGUUUGGAAGGUCCGCUGUGUGUUACGAGCCAGGUCACUUGAAGCGCCGCCAAGGGAGUCAAGGAACCCGGCCAAAGGAAGGAAGUUAGCCGAUGGAGAACGAGGCUACGUCACGUGACCUAGAUCCCUUGCUCUGGGAAGACAGCCUCGCAGAGCACCCGGGACACGGGUGUGUGUAUGCGAUCAAUACACUAGCUAGGACUAUUCGUAGUCAACUUCGUUAACAAUCCUAUACCUACAUUUCGGAUAUCUGGG